AUGUCCCCGAUAUCUGCUUCCAAACGCGCCGUUCUUGAUCGACCAUUCCUCCUUGCUUGGCCUGCCAUUGUUAUCUUCGUUUCGUACCUUUGGCUAUCGCCACAGCCACAUUAUCAAACCACGGCUACCACAACUUCCAUCUCUGACACGAUCUCAUCUCCUACAGCUGUCGAAAUUAUGUCUUUUGACACGAUGCGCGCUAUUGUGAUGCACGAGAUUGGUGGCCCUGGUGUCUUGAAGCUCCAGACGGUGCCCAAACCAACCCCCACAGCGGGUCAGGUGCGGAUACGGGUCAAGUCAUUCGGGCUUAAUCGCUCGGAAGUGUUCACUCGACAGGGCCAUUCACCCGGUGUGACAUUUCCGCGUGUUCUGGGUAUCGAGGCUGCUGGACUCAUCGACGAGGCAGACCCAGACUCAGGCUUCAAAGCUGGCGAAGUAGUUGUUACUGCCAUGGGCGGCAUGGGCCGUGUCUUUGAUGGCGGAUACGCCGAAUACACAGUAGUACCGGCCACUCAAGUGCGACGCGUCAACGCCACCGAUGCCUUUGGGCCCGAUCGGCCCGUUGCUUGGGACAUCUUGGGCGCUCUCCCCGAACUUAUGCAGACUGCUUGGGGAUCCUUGUUCACCAGUCUCGAGCUUGUUCCCAGUGACCGGUUGCUGAUUCGUGGUGGAACUACAAGCGUGGGGUUGGCAGCUGCGGCACUUGCUCGAUCGCAUGGGGCCUCCGUCACUGCGACGACCCGGAACCCAGCACGCGUAGAGAUCUUACGCAGGCUCGGUAUUGACGACGUCAUUAUUGAUGAUGGAUCAAUACUGGCCGAAGUCCAAAAACGUGCCCCGUUCAGCAAAAUCCUUGAGCUGGUUGGGGUAACCACACUAGAGGAUUCUCUCCGAUGUGUGGCACCCGGUGGUACUGUCUGCAUGACGGGCAUAGCUGGUAACAAAUGGACCUUCGACCAGUUCACGCCCAUGGCAUCAAUACCAACGUCCGUUAAGUUGACCACCUAUGCGAGUACCACCGAGGCCGUGCUCAAAACGCCUAUUGAGGACAUCGCUCGGGAUCUGGCGACGAGAAAGAUUCAUUUGCCAAUCAAGACCUUCCCACUGGAGCAAAUUGUAGAGGCCCAUCGAUUGAUGGAGGAAGAGGGGGCAUUGGCCAAAAUUGUGAUGAUGAUCUAA